AUUUAGUUGCGCCAUUAAUUUUGGCUAACUUGCUGGUGUUUACAGAUAUCGGUAGAUAUAAUCAUCACCAUCAUUACCAACACAAAUGGAAGAGAAAAAAAAGUUUUUGUUGCAGAAAGCACAAGUCUAGGCUCUCUCGUUUCCCGGGCUGCGCCGCAUCUUCUUGUCGCUCGUGCGUUUCAAAAUCCCAAAUCUCGAGGUCCCAAAUGGCGAACCACACACUCUCCCUAUAAGCCAUUUGGUUUUGGAUUUCUUGGUUUUUUCUUCUUCUCAUAUUUGUUAAAGUCAAUCCCUUGAAGAAAGGCUUUUCCAGUGUUCUUUAAGGUUGAAAAUCGAGUUUUGAUGUGUGCAUUGAACCCAAGGUACAAGUUUUGAAACCAUUCAAGCAUUGAUCUUUGUUUUUAACUAUUUGAUUAUUUCCAGUUUGGCUUCAAUCCCAAAGUGUUCUUGGAUUGUUUAGAGUAAUGUAUUGAAAGAGUUGGUUUUGAUGUGGAAAACUUGUCUUAAUUACAAGUCAUGCUGAGCUCUGAAGAGGGUGAGAUUGAUGUUUUCUUCGAUUCUUCGGAUUUCUUAUCUGUCGAAGAGCCGGUUUUAGCCAAAGUAGGAUCAGAGAGUGGGAAAUUAGAGUAUGGAAUUUGGAUGGAUAAACCUCGGAGUGUUGAGGAACGACGCCAAAGAUUUCUUCGUGGAAUGGAUCUUGUUCAUCUUUCCAAAUCUUCAAGGAUGGAAGAUUUGGAUAGAAUCACAGAAUGCAGUGAUGCCGUCUCGAGUUCUUCGUUUUCGCCUAUCGGCAACGGCGAAGGAUGCAUUUCUGUCUUUGAUAGGGAAAUGUGUUGUGAAGCCAAUUUGUUGAUUGAUGAAUCAGAGAAAGAACUGAAGGUAAUGGAAGCUCAAGAACACUUUGAUGAAUCUGAAAAUGGUGAAGUUAAUCCGAAGAAGUUCAAGAAAUGGUGGAAACACUUUUUGAGCAUGCGGAAAGGAGAAGGCAGGCGUUCAUCUAAGGUAAUGGAACCGAGCUUCAAUGUGCAUAAAACCAACAGAAUGAUGGUUCAGUCCAACAAGAAAAGAUACAUGGAGUUUUCAGAACUUCAUAUGGGACAAGAAAUACAGGCUCACAAGGGCUACAUAUGGACUAUGAAGUUUAGCCCUGACGGUCAAUAUUUGGCGACCGGCGGUGAAGAUGGAGUGGUCCGAAUAUGGCGAGUAACAUCGAUAGAUGCCUUUAGUAAACCUUUGAUGGCAGAGCUCUGUUUAGGUAGAUCUAUGGAAAAAGGAAAGUUUGGUUUCGGGAGAGAAAAGUCAUUCCACUCUCAAGUUAUUAUUCCUAAUGAGAAUUUUUGGAUCAAGGAGUCACCAAUCCAUGAGUUUCAUGGCCAUUCCAGUGAUGUUUUAGAUGUUGCUUGGUCCAAUUCAAAUUUUCUUGUUUCUUCUUCCAUGGAUAAGACGGUUCGUCUAUGGCAAGUCGGCUGCGAUCAAUGUCUAAAUGUUUUUCAUCAUAACAAUUACGUCACUUGUAUCCAGUUGAAUCCGAUUGAUAACAAUUACUUCAUCAGUGGUUCUAUAGAUGGAAAGGUUAGGAUUUGGGGAGUGUCCGAGAAACGAGUCGUUCACUGGAUCGAUGUACGGGACAUUAUAACUGCUAUAUGCUUCCGGCCAGAUGGAAAGGAAUUUAUCGUCGGUUCCAUUAGAGGAACUUGCCAAUUUUAUGUGGUAUCAGGCGACGGCAUUAAUUUGGAGGCCGAAGUUCAAAUUCCCGGCAGAAAGAAAAGUUUGGGCAACAAGAUCACAAGUAUUCAGUUCUGCCAGGAUGAACCUCACAAAGUUAUGGUUGCAUCAAAAGAUUCCAAACUCCGAAUACUCGACGGGGUAGAUAUUGUUCGUAAAUUUAAAGGGCUCCCGAAGUCUGGAAGUCAGAUGUCGGCAUCUUUUACGUCAACUGGGAGACAUAUAAUCUCAGUUGGAGAAGACUGUCAUAUUUAUGUCUGGAACUAUGAUAACAUGUGCCCCCGAACAUCGAAACAUACGAAAUCUGUUUCGUCUUGCGAGCACUUCUUCUGUGAAGAUGUGUCCAUUGCAAUACCAUGGUUAGGCCAGGGUUCGGAUCGGAGUCACUCGGACUCCUAUCCAAGAGAGCAUCAGAUAGAGGGUGCUUCUCGGAUCAUAGAUUCGCAACGAUUCUCUCUUGGUAACUGGUUCUCCAUUGACAGCUCCUUCAAGGGCUCUGCAACAUGGCCCGAAGAAAAGCUUCCGUUGUGGGACACAGCAUUUGCGGAAGAUGAGUUUUAUGCAUAUGAUCACCAGCAAUUCUAUCGAAACGGCGACUAUCACACGGUCCUACCGGAAACAUGGGGACUCUUUAUAGUUGCAGGCAGUCAAAAUGGAACGAUAAGGACGAUCCAGAACUAUGGAUUGCCUGUUACUCUAUAGGAUCAUUGAACUUAUUUGUAAAUUUUUCCAGGUUGAUAUUCAACC